AUGGCUGCCACCAAGAACAUUCUCAUCACCGGCGGCGCCGGCUUCCUCGCACCCCUCCUCGCCAGCAAGCUCCUUGACAACAACGCCGCGCACCACGUGGUGCUGACCGACCUCGCGGCGCCGACGCCGCCCCCGCGCUUCGCCUCCGACGCGCGCUGCGUCUGCGUCGGCGCGGACCUGACUUCGACCUCGGACCGGACGCGGCUCCUCGCGCUCCGUCCGCGGUGGGACGCGCUCUUUGUGCUGCACGGCAUCAUGUCGGUCGGCUGCGAGGCGGACCCGGCGCUCUCGCAGCGCGUCAACGUGGACGCCACGCAGGCGCUGCUGGCCGCCGUGUCGGGCACGACGCCGCCGCCGCCGCGCGUCGUCUACGCCUCGACGCAGGCCGUGUACGGGCCGCCGUACACGACGGCGGGGCCCGUGACCGACGACACCCCGGCGACGCCCGUCGGCGUGUACGGCACGCACAAGCUGACGAUGGAGCUGUUCGUCAACGACCUGCACCGGCGCGGCCUGCUCGACGCGUUCAGCGUGCGUCUGCCGACGGUCACGGUGCGGCCCGGCGCGCCGAGCCGCUCCGCGGCGUCGUUUCUCAGCGGCAUGGUGCGCGAGCCCAUGGCGGGCCGCCCGUGCGUCGUGCCCGUCGUCGACGAGGCCGCGCGCCAGGUCGUCUGCAGCCCGCGCGUCGUCGUCGAGAACCUCGUGCGCGUCAUGGAGGCGCCCGCGGAGGUGAUGCCGCCGCACCUGCGCGCCGUGUACUUGCCGGGCAUCUCGGUCACGGUCGGCGAGAUGCGCCGCGCGGUCGGCGAGGUGUGUGGCCGCGACAAGCUCGCGCUCAUCAGCGUGGAGAGGGACCCGGAGGCGGAGAGGCUGCUGCAGAGCUGGCCGCAGACGGCGGACUUUGGGAAUGCAAAGAGGAUGGGCUUGGUGUUUGACUCGAGCUGCGAGCAGAUUUUCCAGGAGUACGUCGAUAGCUUGCACUAA